AAAAAAUGCAGAGUUGAGGAGGGCUUGGAGGACCAAGUGUCCCUGGAGGCUGGCGCAGGCUGACUGAGGGACUUUUCCCUCCUCCACCAGCCCAUCUUGGCGCACGUCGGAGUGUCUUUGGUAGCGAGGCUGCCCUUUGGCCUCCUGCGGGAGAUGUCAGUUGAGGCCUGUGAGGGAGCGGGCGGAGGCUGCAGCCUGAGGCGGCCGCCGGCUCUCACACACCGCCGCCGCGGCGGAGACGACUAUGAGCGUGGAGCCGGCCAGUGUGGCAGCGGCGGGAGAGAGGAGAGCGAGGCCCUCGCGGUGUCGGUGUUGAAGACACAAAUACUAAAUGAUGGCUUGAAUUUGUUUACCAUGACUCCAAGCAGAGGCAUCUGGAACUGAGAAUUGGCAGCUUUCCCACUAAUGGCCAAGGCUAGAGAUCAGCUGGUCUGCUGAAGCCAUGGGGAGCUGCUGGAGCUGUCUGGAUAAAGACACGAUCACAGACAACCACCCAACCAAAUUCAAGGUGACAAACGUAGAUGAUGAUGGUAAUGAGCUGGGCUCUGGGAUCAUGGAACUGACCAACUCUGAGCUAAUUUUGCACACCAGAAAACGAGAUGCUGUGAGAUGGCCAUAUCUCUGCCUGCGGCGUUAUGGGUAUGACUCCAACCUCUUCUCAUUUGAAAGUGGAAGGAGGUGUCAGACUGGGCAAGGCAUUUUCGCCUUCAAGUGUGCACGUGCUGAGGAGAUCUUUAACCUUCUCCAGGAGAUCAUGCAGUGUAACAGUAUUAAUGUAGUUGAGGAGCCCAUGAUGAUAUCAAGAAACACUCAUCCAACAGAACUUGAUCUACCGAGGACACCUCAGACGCCAACCACCCCUGGAUUUGCUGUGCCAGGAUUUUCAAAUGGAUUCCCUUGUUAUCCACAAAUGGGUGAUGGCUCUUCUCACCCAUCAACUAGGCAUCCCUCUAUAGGAAGCACACGUCUCUCCUCAGUGGGCGAAGAUUCUACACAUCCUUUAAUUGUAGGUGGUGAUGAUCAGAUUCACACAUAUGUGAAUACAUCCAAUGUUGAUGAAGAGCGGAAGAAAAGACUUUGUGUUCAUGGUGUGACAGAGGCACGGUCAUCUGUCUCUGAAAUGAUGCGAAGCCAUGUAAAUCACUGUCCUGCAACGGAGGACAGAACUCCUCAAGUCCUCCUGCAGCCGGGGGAGGUCAAGUUUGUCUUAGGACCAACACCAGUUCAAAAACGAAUAAUGGAGCGUGAAAAAAUAGAGAGACAGAAAGAUCACAUAGAAUAUUGUGGCGGUGGCUUGAAUUUUAUGGACCGAGAUAAUGUCCACGAAGGUGAUGAACACAGCAUGGCAUGUGGGUCCAACAAUAAAAUGACAUAUGAGAAUAUCAAUGGUUUCCUUGUGUCUGCUGGCACAGGGUUACGACGAGGACGGCUCAAGGUGGGUGGGGAUGGCCAGAACCUGAACAACUGUGCACCUAGGAAGACAGCCAUGCUGAACUAUGAAAAUCUGCCCUCUUUACCUCCUGUUUGGGAAAGUCAGACACAAAGGCGGGAGGAAGAGGACUUGAGUGACCCUGGAACCCCUCCACAAAAUGGAUACCAUAAUAGUCUUGACCCACUGCGGAAUUAUGUCAAUACUGAGAAUGUAACUAUUCAACCUGGUUUACAUAAAGUAGACUUUACCCGGAGGCGGGAUUGCACCCCAAAUGUCUUCAGCUUUGACUUUAAGCGUCCAUGCCCUGAACAAAGGCAAUUAAAUUACAUCCAAGUGGAUCUGGAGGGUGGGAGUGACUCGGAUAACCCUCAGACUCCCAAAAUGCCCAACACUCCUGUUCCGCCAACACCAACACGUAGGACUGAAUUUUACGCUGUGAUAGACAUUAAAAAGACAGCUGCUAUGUCCAGUUUGCAAAAAGCACUACCAAGGGACGAUGGGACAUCAAGGAAGACGAGGCACAACAGUACAGAUCUGCCAUUCUCUUCAUUUGUUGGGACCCACUGCUAGCCAUAAUUUGCCAUUAAAAUGAAUUCAUAGAAAAGAUUCUACUUCUGAAGUGUCAAAUAUGGUACAUUAUUGUCUACAUUUUCUACUUUGAGCAAAACUUUGCCUUUUUUUUAAAGGGAUGGUCUCUGUUUAAAAGGUCCUAAAUACACAGGAAUAACAAGACUUUAACUUGUUAUUACAUUCCUGCAGUGAUCCUUUGUUCAUGAUAUUAAGCUUGAUGGGCUGCUAAUUUCAAAAGGAAAAUGGGAUCAUUUGCUUUACGAAAUGGUUUUUUUGAUAUGGCCUUUUUAAUGUUUUUUUGAAGUAGACCGUGUGUAGACCCGUGAAAACAGAUACUGUCUCUUUGAUCCAGAUGUCGGGAGGCUGUUUAAGGUGUUUGCUGACAGUCAUUGCUAUGCAUCAGCCAACAUUGUUUUACUGUGCAUUGUGUAGUGAAAGAUGUAAAACUACACAGUUUAGCUCAGAGGAACAACUGUCAAAGGAGUAAGGAUGUUUGCUACAAAUUUCAAAGGGGGGCUACUCAUUGGAAAUGCUUUUGCUUUAUUAUCAACAAAAGAAUCAAAAUCAAGGUCAGCUGGUUGAGAUUCUGAAAUGGUCCAUUCAUGUUGAUAAAAUUGCCAUAGCACAAAUGUAAUAAUUGCAUUAAUGCCUUUAGGUUUAUCUAGUGGGUGGCUAAUCUGUACCUAGUAGGAAAGUUAACAGUUCAACCUGGUUGAAUUGUCUGAUUUCUAUAGUGACAGUGGUUGGUUUGGGAAGGGGAGAAAAGCCAGCAACACCAUUUCUGACUUCAGUCUCAUGGCACCCUGAGAAAGGGUGUAUGCAUGGAUUUCAGGUGAAAUAUGAUUUCUGGCUCAGAUGUCCUCCUUCAAGGUAGAACACUUUGCUGAGUUCUUACACUUAAAUAGUGAUCACUUUCAAAUACUGAGACUGAGUAGACUGAGUUCUUGUCUACUGACUUGCUCAUCAGUAACUUGUGAGAAUAGAAGACAAAGUGAGAAAUGGAAAAGCAGCAAAAAAGAAUUGGCGAGAUAACUUUGACUUGAAAGGCACUUGCAGUUGUAUAAAAAUGUUGCAACCUAAUGUUUUGAAGUAUUUAAACCUGUUUCUUCAGAUAAGAAUUAGUGAUCCAAGCUAUAACUUGAAAUUUGAAGUGAGCAAAUGAUUAAAUAGCAGUAAUUUCUACAGUAGAAUUAGUACUGAUGUGUAAUGAGAUUUCAGUUUUCUCCAGUUUCCAGUAUACCUACUCUAAAUCAGAAAGGAAAAUACCCCAGAUAUUUAGUCCUUUUCCCACUAUUACAUAAGGGGUUGUGUGUGGGAGCACUCUAUAUUUGAAAGUGUGUUCUGUUCCCUUAUACAGGUUGUAUGAAUAAAUCUUCCAUCAAAAGGUGUUAAUUCAUCGAACUGAAUUUCUGCAAUUUAUAUUGAACAUCCUUAACUCUUAUUUCUCAUUCUAUAAUUAAAUCUUGACAUUUUCAGGGUUAUAAAACAUUAUGAAAUGUGCCAAAAAAGUGCCAACCCUCCAAGCAUGAGAUAAGGUGAUGUAGUGUUUAACAAAAUCCAGUCUGUCUGGUGCCUUUGUUUACACUGAGACUUGCUUGUUCCUUUUGAUUGUUAGAACUUUAAAAUUAAUUAUUUGUAUGUUGUACUUUGGCUGUAGUUAAACAAAAAUCACCAUAAUUCUUUCUUCAGCUUGUAUUUCACAUUUUGAUCCAACAAUGUGAGUACAAGAGUGUUUGACCAUAAGUGUUUCUGCUGAGAUGUGUGGGAAUGCAUAUACUGUACUAACUUCCUGCACAUGAUCGUAUAGCCUGACAUUUAUGUUUUGCUUGGCUUUCCCAUUACAACUUUCAAAGCUGCAGUAUAUUUCUCAUGUUUUGAAUUUGCUGGGAGCAACUUGAUGUGUGUAAUAGCUAUGAAAAAGAAUGCAGGGCAUCCUUGCAUCCUCAAGAUGUCCUUUAUAAACUGGAAAUGACACUUGUCAUUAAGUGUUCUGAUUUGAUGCUUGAAUAUCUUCAACUGUCAGUUUUAAAUCACAAAUCUUUUAAAUAUAUUUGAUGUGUAAACCUCUUUGUUUUAAAACUCAUUGCAAAGUUGACCGUUGUUGAAUUUUAUUGAUUCAUAUGACAUUCCUGGAGUUAAUUGCAUUUGUUUUUCAGAUAGAAAAGACUUUGCUUAAUUCCUUUAACAACGAUGCUACCUACCCCCAUUUUGAAAUUAGAUAUUUUCACCUCUGGAGCAGGUGGUACUUGAAGUUGGCUACCACUGCAACUGCUCUACCACUGCACCACAAGAGCCCCUACUAUGAAUUUACAGCUGCCAUGAUGAUCAGAUAUGGAUGGUGUAGCACUCUAACUUAUUCUUGUUCUAUGGAUAUUUUAUAACAAAUUACUCCAAUUAUCAAGAAGAAUUUAGAAGAAAAUAUUACUGAACUUGUUUCCGUUAUGCAAUGAUCAUAUUUUCACCUGAAAAUUAUGCCUGCCUGUGGCAUGUGUAGAAACAGUAGAAUAUGAAUGAGAUUUGGGCUGAAAAUUGACUUUGCACAAAGCAGUCAUUCAUCCUAGACUUGGUUAGCUGUGCAAAUAAAUGAAAUUUUUCUAGGCAGAGCAAAGAAAGUCAAAGUACUACUGAGCUAUGCCCACAUGAUACCCGUGUAGUUUGCUGGUUUAACAGUUAAAAGAUAGUCUACAUGUUACUCAUUUAUGAGGGGAAAUGCUUGGGAAUCCUAAAAUAAUUCCAACGUAAUGGUGUAGAACACAAAGUGGAGUACAUGCUGUGCUCCUCAAGUGACCUAGUGAAGUAAUACAAUGACUAUCUGGUUAUCGGGUCUGUCACCUAAUUCAGUUGGGGUAAUUGUCCUCGGUGCUUCUGGGUUUAAGGAAAAAUGUAAGAUAAAAGUGGCCACUGUUACUAAACUUUGCUGUCCAGUGACCCUUGCUGCUGAUGUGCAUGUAAGAAUGCCAGAAGACAAGUUUGGACUUAGUUGUGGUUGUUCUCUGUCUCCCAAAGUGAACUAACAUGUUCACUGUCAAAUCUCAUCUGAUUAAUUAGAAUAGAAUCAGUAUCUUUUAAAUAGGAGAACUGACAGGAGGAAACCAGGUCACGAAGAGCUAGUGAAUGGGAUUUCAAAUUACUCACUACCCCAGCAUACCACUAGAUGGAACUGAAGUAUUGUUAUAGAUUAGUUUACAGUUAACUCUGCUCUACAAAUAGAGAUUAGUGUUGACAAUAUUGUAUAAUAAUGGGGGCUUAAGUUGUCCAGUUAUACAUUGUGUGUGUUUGACUAUUUUUGUAUUGUUUUAGCAAGUGUUAGAAUAUAUUGCAGCUUUGAAAUGUUUGUGAACACAUCUUUUGAAAACUAGGAGUUGCCAAAUUGUAUUUGUUUUUUAUGAUGUUGGGUGCAAUUGGCAAUUUUUAGUUUCUAAACAGAUUAAGCUGACUUCCACUCAACAAAUAUACGUGGCCUUUGUUAUUUGUAUGUUCAUUUCAGGAUUAUCUGUAUUGUUCACCAUGGCUGUGAGGGAUUUUGUCCUUUGCACUGAAUUUGAACUACACCAGUUCUGUGCACAACUUUUGAACUUCAGUCGCCAAAUAAAUGGCUUCACAGUAUUAUCUUCUGUAUGUAUGUGUACUCAUCAGGGUGAGGUAUAACAGGGCUAAAGAAUGAAAUUCACUUUUUCCACUUUGUAUCCUCUUUUGCACUCUUGGGUCGGGCAUAGCUCAAAACAAAUUUGAAAAUAAGCAUGGUUCUUAAGUCCUGAACUGCAACAAUUUGAGUUCUGUAACAGUCUUUCUUGGUUUGUCUUAGAUGAAAAUUUCUAAUCUGUACCAGAUUAAUGUUGAUUGUUGAGCACCAGAUUCCAACUGGAAAUUGAAUGAAGACUAGUCAGAAUUUCUUUGUUUUCUUUUAAUUUAUGGCCUUAAACUUGAGGUUUGAAUCUAGAUGCCUAGGGUGAGAGAGCACUGCUCUGGUCUGCACUGCAGCCACAAAUUGAUCUAACCAAUUGGUAGGUAUGGAGAUCAAAUGCUAGUUGACACUGGGACUUGCAUUCUGUCCAUUGUUGUUCUGCUCAAACUACAGAUCCCUUACAGCACUCUAAGCCAAGAGCAGUUAUUAUUUAAGAGAUUAUUGUGCUGUCUGAAUUUUUAUUCGGGGUUUUCCACCAGCUCUCUUGUAAUCCAAAACCAUGCAGUUAACAUCAACAUGGAUGUUAAAAAUGAAGGAUAAAAGCCAAGUAUCAUUGCAUCUCCUCAUUAUUCCUGGCUUGGCCAGAUCUACAGCAUUUGUAGCUUCAAGUUGUACAAUAUUAGCCUUAAAGUACUGGCUGUGAUAUUUCCUCUGCAACUUGAGUUAGCAAGAUGUAAUGUGUUUUUAAUUUAAAUUUCAAGUUAUCUCUUACUAAAUCAUUUAGAAGGCCACUUCAUCUCCUGUGCCCAUUUUUUUAAAAGGAAGAAUUUUGACCUCUGAUCAGUCACUGAGACUGCUGAUUACAGUUGUGUUUACAGAUUAGCACUGAAGAUUCUUUUACAGCUCAAGUGCCUAAGUUGCCAUAUGGAUUGGCUGGUAGCAGGUGUCUGUUUUUCUAAGUAGUGCAAUUAGUGUUUUCAUUUUGUGUUUGGGAAGGUGGGUAUAUUAGAAGUCAGAUGCUACUAAUGCCAAGAUUCAAAUAUUACAAAUAUGUUUGGAAUGUAAGGUUUUUGCCUGACUAAAUCUGUAAAAUUACAGAGGUGAGAAGGAAGUGCCUUAUCACUAAGCUAGUAAGAUAUUUUGGUGGAAUCGAGAUUCUUAAAUGCUGCCGUAUUUGGCUACAUAUCUGCUGUAGGGGUCAAACAUUCAUGAAACUCUGCUAUUUAGCCUUGAAUCAUUGGUAUUGCCACAAAUGUAAAAGUGGAAAGUGGUUUCAUUCUUCAGCACUGGUGACUAUGACACACUGAAAGUGUUUUUCAAAAAAUGCUGGGACUUUAAUGGAAGUAUUUAAGUCUGGUAAUUUCAAUGUACUUUGUAGAGAUUGCAUACGAUUUGAUUUGAAGUGCCACUAUCAACCUGAUGGUGGCAUCUAGAUGCCUGUAGUCACAAAUGCAAUCGCGCGAAUUUCAUUGCACAGUUACUUUUAAAUUUCAGUGGGAUACCUUCCCGCCAACUAUUGUGUAAAGUUUCAUGAAUAAAUACUCCUAGCAGGUUUCAGGCCAUACUUGUCAAUGUCUUAAACUUCUUCAUUUCUCUGCAUGUGCUGAUUUGCUGGCAGUUUUGUAGAAGUAUUUUGUGUACUGCACUUAGGUACGUAGAUGUCCUUGGAUGCUGCUGUAUAUUGUCUGCUUCUGUGAGCUUUACCAAGGUACAGAGGAAGGUAAUCACAGGAUUUUCUGAAUGUACACAGAACUCAUUACACCCAAAGAACUGCUAUCUGAGCUGAACUGUUGCUACUUGGAAAAAAUAUUAUACUCAGAACAAAAAAUGAACUUUUUUUUUGCUUUAUGCAGGGAGCACAUUUUCUGCAUUCCUUAAGUAUUUUUUGAUGCAGAAGGAGUUCAUUUCCCAAACUUGUACCUUAGCUAUCAGUCGGCAUUAACAUUCUCAAACAGGGAGUCCCAGUAGAACUUCCUAUACACUCUCUUUUGAAGAAAAAUUACAUUUAACAGUGCUACUAGAUUUGUCCAGUCUCCAAGUAAGAAUGUGAUCAAAUUGUAUUGGCAUCCUGAGAUAGGUACCUGACUUUUUAGACCUUUUGCGUGCACCCAGGUUUUGUAGACUUGCUUUGUUAAUUGUUGUCUUAAUUUUAACAAACUGGAUGUUUGUGACAUUUAUUUUCCUAA